UCUGCUUUUCUGACGAUGGGCCGGGUUCCAGUCGGGGAGGAGUUUCCUGUCUCUCCGAGCCAAUCAGGCCGAGCGGAAACAGGUCAGGUAGCCGAAGAGGACCUCAGAGGGAGCGCAGGCAGGGGCAGAGCAACCACGCGCACCAGGAGGUCAGCGCACUCAUCGGGGGGGAUUAUGUCCAAACCUUCGUCCAACGUCAAGGCCCUUCAGGCUAAUUUGAACAUCCCGAUGGGAGCUCUGCGUCCAGGGGCGGGACAUCCUGUCAAGAGGAGAGAGGAGACAGGAGACACAGAGGAGGCUCCGUCUCCGGAGCAGCCCAGCGCCGCAGCCCAGACACCGGAGGAGAAGAAGGCGUUGCCGGGCGCGGUGAAACUGCCCGGGCCUGCUGUCAACCUGUCAGAGCUGCAGAACGUCAAGAGCGAACUGCGAUGGGUCACCAAGGAUUAACAUGACCCCUGGAGCGAGCCCGGCGAAGGAGAGGACGGCGAAUGGUCUUCAGACACACAGACUCGCCCCCCCCCCCCCCCCCCCUCGCUGCGGAAAGAGAAGGCGAACAAACUACGAGCUCAUCCCCAAGGCACAAACGCCUUCCUGCGAAAAAGCCAAUGUCCGCGGGAAGACCAACGUCCAGCGACUCACUUUCUGCUCCUGCGCGCACCGAGGGGCCGGCGUCCACGAACUCUCAGUCAACCCGCACGAGUGGCGGGUGGAAACGCUGCAUCCUCAACAAGUCGGAUGACGUUUUGUCACGAAAUCCAAAUUGAAAUCGUAUUUUAUAUAUAAAAAAAUAAAAAAUAAAAUAUAUAUGUAUAUAAAUAUAUAUAUUUAUAUAUAUAUAUAUAUAUAUAUAUUUAUUGUAAAGCUUAAGACUCUUCUUUACUUUUAGAAGUUACUGACAUGUUAUUGCAAUUCUACGCUGUUUUGCUUUUGUUUGUUUUUUCGUCCGGGGAAUUUCGUGGCGAUCGACCAGCGAGCGCGAAACAAGUGUCGCACCAAAAAUUCCGGCAUCUGCGCCUUUACGCCAACCGCUCGGCGGCUGGAUUGCGAGAGCCAAAGAAGGAGGCGACCAUGGCGACGGAGACGGUUGUGAGGGAAACGUUCCGACGGUCCAGAUUAAAGCAGGAGGUUGGAGUUGAGAGGAAGGUUUACAGGCUAUGACGGAAAAUGAUCUCCGGCGAGGACAAACAAGGAUUACUGUACUAGUGGUGUGGCUUCUCCAGACUGUGUGGCUGCACUGUAGGUCUGAAUUACUCUUUUCUGAAUGUUGUUAAAAUUUGUGCGAUUUAAGAUCUAUUGUCGUACUUUUUGGUGAGAUACUACAAUGUUGUUCGUUGAUAGAUACGAUGAUGAUGAUGAUGAUGAUGUCUUCAGGAAAUAAACUGCAAUAAAUCAAGAUGGUUCUAAAAAAAAUAAAAUCCAACGUUUGCAAUUGA